AUGACCACAAUCAGAUCAAUCAUUGUUGUAGCUGUUAAGAAGGGUUGGAAUAUGUUUCAAUUAGAUAUCAACAAUGGCUUUUUGCAUGGGGAUUUAGAUGAAGAGGUGUACAUGAAAAUUCCUCAAGUCUCUAAAAAUGAUUACUCCCUUUUCAUUAAGUCUGGUCAUGGUCUUAUUACUAUUGUCGCUGUUUAUGUUGAUGACAUUUUGUUGAGUGAGAAUUUUGAAAAAGAAAUGUCUUCCCUCAAACUUCUUCUGGACCAUCAGUUUAAAAUAAAAGAUUUGGGGCUUAUUCACUAUUUUCUUGGGUUGGAAGUGUUAUCAGAACCUGGAGGGGUGAUCGUUUGUCAAAGGAAGUUUGCUCUUGAUCUCUUAACUGAGUUCAACUACUUGGAUAGCACUCCUGUAGCUAGUCCGAUGGAUGUUACUAUGAAAUUCAAAGCCAAUUCUGAGGAACUCUUGCCUGAUCCUACACUUUACAGAAAGUUGGUUGGGAAACUGAAUUUUCUCACUAAUACUAGACCCGACCUUGCUUUUUCUGUUCAAUUCUUAAGCCAAUUUAUGCAUACUCCUUCUUCUUCUCAUCUCACUGCUGCCUUUCAUGUGCUUAAAUAUGUCAAAGGGACUUUGGGUCAAGGUUUGCUUAUGUCUAAUGAUCCUGAUCUUUCUCUUCAAGCUUACUGCAAUUCUGAUUGUGCAACUUGUCCCCAUUCUCGCAAAUCUGCUAGUGAAUACAGGUCUAUGCAUAGAGUCGUUGCGGAGUUGGCAUGGUUGACCAGAUUGCUCAAUGAGUUGUCUGUUGCUUCGAUUGUUCCAGUUCCCCUUCAUUGUGACAGUCAAUCUGCCAUCUAUAUAGCUCGAAAUCAUGUUUUUCACGAAUGCACCAAGCAUAUUGAGCUUGGCUGUCAUUUUGUGCGGGAAAAGCUUCAUGAGGGUCUCAUCUCUUUAUCUUUUGUACCUAGCAGACUGCAGCUUGCGGACAUGUUAACUAAAGCUCUUCCUGGAGUGGCUCACCGAUCCAUCUUGAGCAAGUUGGGUGUGGCAAACCACCCUCCAACUUGA